ACUUCCUACAAUCUGCUCAAGCCAACAUCAUCAACACCACGGAGCAUUCAUCCACACAUGCAGGCUGGGGUUAACAUGAAGACAAAUCAUUGUGCUACAUUCCUCACUUGAACAGUAGAGCAGGCUGUAGGGCUGGAGGUUUGACAGAUACAUCACAGAUCACAUAUCUGAGCUCGCGACAACAGGAAACGAGAAGGAACGCGCGCUUCUGACAGAAGUGAAACCUGCCUCGAUGAAGGUGAAGCUGCUUUUCUUCUGCCAGACCCACCGUGCUCUGGAGCUGUAUGUGAUCUGAGGCGAUGGAGAGCCCGUCUUCCACGGUGAGGCGGCGAGCCUGGAUCAACAGCAGCCGACAGAAGCUCACUCUGGAAGAAGAAGACACUGAAGGACAACCACAGAGCAUCCUCCAAUCUGCAUCUAUAGCAGACGAUGAUGUCUUUUCUGACGGAUGCUCCACCGGAAAGAUUGAGACCUGGCUCCUUGGUUGUGGGUCAGGUUCCCGCACAGAAAAUACCAGUCAGCUGAGUUUUGAAUCUGUGUUAAAACCCAACACCUUUGAUGAUGAGCUGAGUCUCGGUGCAGAUGCUUCUGAGUUAAACGGUGGAGUGACAUCUAAAGCUUGCCUCGCACAGAAUACUUCCUCCAAACAAGGACCAUGCAGACUUACCGGCAGUACAUCUCGGCCGAAUCUUUGUCUUCCAUUAUUGCACUUGGGACACAGCAUGGCCUCCAGCUGCCCCUCGUCCUCCACCUGUAAGACUACAUCAAGUGUUUCGGACGUCCUGCAGUUGUGUGCGGAGGAUGCAGAGGAGACGCUGUACCAGCUGGGUUUUGGCUGCGAUGAGCCACAGGUCACUGUUCGAAUUCCACCUCGCUUCUUCACCUUCCCCUCUUCGGCUCAGGGCAUCAACUUCCGCCUGUUUCUCGACUCACAGCUGCGGCGGAUAAAUGAGGAAGACCCCGGCCUCACUCUUGCCAGUCGUUUCAGACAAGUGCAAGUCCUCACAGCGAUGGCCAACGCUUUCUACUCCCUCUACUCUCAUGUGUCCCGUACUCCUGUGCAGAAACUGGCCACACCAGAGUUCAACUUCUCCUCAUCGCCCAUGGAGAGAAUCGAACGCUUCAGGAGCAACAUCCGCAGCGAGCCGCGAUCGCCGGUGGAGAGGCUGAAGGACACCGUCUCCAAGAUGUGUCUUUACACGGGCUCACCUCGUGGGUCAGAAUCUACCUCUCCGCAGCCCUCGCCCAGGAAGAGAUCCAGCCUGCCUGAUGUGGUGGACAGUGUCCUGGAGAAAGUCAAAUCUCGGGCGAUUAAGACACUGGAUAUGGGGGAAUGUAGCAAGAGUAAUUCAGCUGCCGAUGUUUGGCUGGAAAAGGAUGCUGAUAAAUCCUGUAGAAAAGGCGAACAGGAGCAAACACAGCAUAUCAUGGUGGAUAAACAGACUCUAGAAAAUGAAGGUAAAAGCUGUCAUAGGGAGAUGGAGGGCUGUAAACCACCAGAGAAUGCUGGAAACAGCAUCAAACCAGCAAAUCUUGACAGCAGGACUCAUUGUGAAAGAACGUCUUUAGCGUCAUCGUUAUCAGGAGAGACCUUGAUAGAAACAGAUCAUCAGAUCAUCAUGUCAUGUUCAUCUCAAAGUGACAUAAGAACUGCUCAUAUGAAACCAGUUGCCAAGGUUACACACGAUCUAAUCUGCCCACAGAUAGUGGAGAGUGUACACACGGCGUCUUUCUGCGCACACGAUCCAAAAACAAACAGUUUACCUCUAAUCUGCUCUGAGACAGAAGGCAUAGAUAGACCCGGUCCUGAAGCGGCUAUCUCUGAGCAUGACGAGGACUUGCACUCAGGUGAUGUUGCGAAAGCCCUGGUGGCAUCCAAAUCACUUCAGGUCCCGGCUCAGCAUGGUAGCCAAACCCAGUGCUGCAUCACUGUGACCGGCUGGGAGGGGGAAGUAGUCGAUUCAUGUCCCUCAAACACACCAGAUUCCAGUCAUACCUCAGCUGUCCAACUUGUCCAGACCUGUGAGGAGCCAUUCAUUGAGGAGAAAGGUCAAUACCUGAAUCCACUGACACAUCAGUGCCGGGGGCUCGUCUCCAACAACCUGCCACAGGUUAACUCCUUUGAGCUGGAGGAGGUACACAGUGCAGGGGAGGAAGAUUUUGGACAAUCAGUAGUUACUAGAACAGGAACUUACCUGUUGUCCAAAAAACAGCAAAACAAAGGUGAAGUGGUGCGGGGCGACAGUGUGCAGUCAGACAGCAGCGGGUAUGCUGAUGAAGAAGUCAGCCUGCCAUCCAACACACUGCGGAUGAUCGAUAACCUGAACUCCAUGUAACAAACAAAAAAGAAAACUCCUAUCAGCCCAGAAAAAGAAGACAUCUUUAUACUGUUGGAGACUUUUCCCUUCACAGAAGAUUUUUUAAGAAGUUUUAAAUUAUUGAAAGCAUUUUUUUUCUCCUGCAGUCUAACAUCGAAUAGACUACUGUAAAUAAUAACAAAAAUAAGUUAAUAAAAUGGCUUGAUGACGCA